AUAGAUUCUAAAGGGAGAGAGUUUGUGAAGAUAGAUUGAUAGUCGCUGAUCAAGUUUGCGUGUCACGGGAUCGAGCAUUCACCUCACUAUGCGGGCGCCGUCCUUAGAACACUGCCUUCAAUCAACACCAGAAGGAACAGAAUCUCACACACACUGGGAGUUUCUUUCAGUAAAGGCUUCAAGUUGGUCGGACGCACUUUAAAUUGAACUUCAAGCGCUGCGGCACACGAACCUCUCAGCGGAAAAUCAAUCCAAAAGCAGCAAUCACUCAAUCUCCCACUCUUUGACUUCACUACACCUACAGCCGCAAGACCCAUAUCCUCCACUAUCUUUUCCAUCAAGGAUACCACAAACCCCACCAUGGCCUACUCUCAAGAUGAUGACAUUGCCGGUAUGGGCGCCCUUCACGACCUGGGCAACACCCGCUUCGACCACGACACUGCCGCCAUCGGCGACCGCGACUCUGCGUUCUUCGCCAACCGCCCUAUCCACGUCGCCAAAGGCGUAGCGCCCAAAGGUCUCGAAGCCGUCGUGUUCAGCUGGCACGCACUGCAAUACACCACCGAAGACAAGGACGAGAAGGAGGAGCUCAAGGGCGAUCUCCACGGCGGCCAAUUGCACCGGGCGAACAGGGCAGCUAGAGAGCGGGAGAAUGGUCACCAGCAUAUGAUGAUGAUGCACGGAGGAGGAGGUGAAGGACGCAGAGGUGGGAAGAAGAAGGGAAGGGGAGGGCCGAUGAUGGGUAUGCCGAUGCGUGAGGGAGCGUUCAAGCAGGGCAUCGAGGGGUAUACGGCUGCUAUGAAGCCGCCGGGGAAGGAUGUACUUCCUUGUGCGAAGGGGUUCCCGGAAGAGUUGAGUAAGGAUCUUUUCUGGGAUGGACCGAUCGUGGAGUUGAAGGACCGCUGAUCAAGUGGCCUUCUCUUCUCUUCUCUUCGUCUACUUUGAGGCUGAGGGCUUGUAAGUAGAGGAGAAGAGAUACUUCACGGCAAGAAGGGCACUUGAGAUGUCUUUUCAUUGAAGUCCAUACCAUGAAGCUGAGAGAGGAG